AUGAUGGAAAUGUCUGAACACAGCUGUACUAUAGUCGAUGGUGAAUAUAAAGAAGAAGUUAUCAAUCGCAGGUCUCCAUAUGCAGAAAAGUAUCGUAAUAACAUCAAAGAUACUCAUUUAAUGCAUUUAAAUGAAAAUGGAAUACGUGAUGAUUAUGCAGAAAUGUAUUCCCCUACGGGUAGUCUGUCCAGCUCAGAGUCGGUUGAAAUUCCCUGUGGUAUACGUGAUGGCACAAAAUAUCAUGAUCUUGCUGCAUAUAUCGAUUCAGUCACUGCUGCUUGUACAGAAGACUCGUCACAUCUCAUGGACUCCCAGUUACAGUUAUGCCAAAAUGAAAUUACUCAUUUGAAUAACAUAAGCGUAAUUCAGUCAGACGCUAACGCAAUGGCAAAUGCACCUAUGAGCGUAGAUACCGUAGAUGCUCCAAAUGUUAAAGAAGUGGAAUACAAAUCUAACGAUCUUUCAUUUUCUACCCUGCCACACACUUCUGCUGUACAGUAUUCAAUCGAACCAACAGUCCUCAACUUAAAUGCAGAUUCUGUUACUGAAGAUGAGUUUGUAGAAGAGUUUGCUGAUUUCGUGAGCGAUGGUCCGGCUGAUGAAAACUGGGCUGCAUUUUCUCCUGAAGUAUUUGAGGGUGAAUUUAAGGAGACAAACAAUGUUGUCAAUGUACAAUGCCCUGAGAGUCCUGUUGAGUUAAACGACGAUGAUGAAGAUUUUGGCGACUUUACUCAAUUUGCACCAAACACUGUAUCCACUCCACCAACUGAUACAGGUAUUUUGAAUGGGUAUGAACGUUCAACCGAGAGUAAAACUUCAACUCCAGGAAUCUUGGAACGUUUAUUACUGAAACUGGAGCCUUCAUUGGAUAAAGCUUUUGGGUCACAUUUUAUUAGUCAACAUGUCAAUGAAGAUAUCAACCUUACAACAGAAACCAUUAAAAUACGCCUACAAUACACAGAUGUGAAUAAGUCAGUUAAUGAAUCAUCAUUAUCACCAUCAUCAAACGAUGUUUUGUCUUCAUCACAUACUUCAUCCAGGAUGCCUAAUAGUCGUAUCUGGAAUCGCCUGUUCAAUCCGGGUCGACUUCCUGAAAUACGUCAACAAUGGUGGAAAUCUCCAAUCUUCAUGAUGUACUUGAAUGCUAUUGAUGUGAAUCCUCAAAAUGCGAUUCCAGUUUUUGCUAGCCAAUUGCGACUGCUCGAACCAAUACGUUUGACAAGUCAAAAUUGUUUGAAUAAGAAUACAAUUGCAAAUAGUAGUCAUACUUCACAGGAUCAUCAUAUUCAUCAUAAUACGGGAUUGUUAUCUGAUAAUGUUAAUGAAAAAUUGUCAGAUUCCACACUUAUCUGUAAUAAAACACCAUUCAGUAAUGAUAAUAGUAAUGGCAAAAUAACAGAAAUGUUAGAUCUGGACUUCUUUGAAACACGAGAAAAUACGCAUAAUUCAAAGGGCCAAACUAAUCGAGGCAGUAAACACUCAGAAUUAUCAGACUUAGAAGCUGAACUGUCGGCGUAUUCUAUCCCACCACCAACAAUAAAACCAUUUCCACCAGUAGUUGCUGACUUAAAACUAUUGGAGAUAAAUAAGCGUUUCAAACUAAGUGAAACAGUUCGUUCUACAUUGAAUCGUUUACCAAUGAUUAACUAUAUGCGUUCAAAACGUCUUAUGUUCCCAGUUCAACAACAGCAGCCAUCACCAUAA